AUGCCACAUCCUCCUCAUUCUCCUACUCCUACUCCGACUUCUAACCUUAGCACAACCAACAUCAAUCAUUCCUCCGCCGCCCGCUCGACUCAAAGCUCCAACCCUCGCUCAAACCAUCAACAGAACCGGAAUCAAGCUUGGACUGGCACCGCGAAUAUAGAUAAUUCGGCUGCCUACCUUGCACGACUUCCGGGUCAGAGUCAGACACUCGGACGACGUCAACGCUCCCCAGCUUCUGACGGCCCCCUCGACCCCCAGACCGAUAGUUCUCAAGCGCCAGGCGACGACCUUGGCGAGCCGCCCACCAAACGACGGAGAGCGAACGACACGAUGGGCGGGAGCGACAUCCCCGAUCCCCAUAAUGGGGCUCCUCUGGGCGUCUCUAAUGGCUCGACUGGACCAUCAUCUAUGGGGGUCACCAAUGGUCACAAAACUGCCGUAAAUGGUUCAGCGACUCGCGACAAUAACAGCACAACCACGAAAGAUAAUGGCAUGCCUUCCAAAUACUUCGGUCACAACCGCGAGGAGGUCACUCGGCUGUUGAUACAAGCACUGUCAGAUAUGGGUUAUCAAACAGCAGCGGACAACGUAAGCCACGAGAGCGGCUGCGAAUUAGAAAGUCCUACUGUAGCUGGCUUCAGAUCGGCCGUGCUUAACGGUUUAUGGUCCAAGGCCGAAGAGUUGCUUGCUGGGGCGUCGUUCGAGGCCGAAAGCCAAGGGAACGGGCUUGUUCUGGCGCCAAGUGCAGACCGUAAUGCCAUCAGAUUCUGGCUAAGACAACAAAAGUUUCUGGAGCUUCUAGAGCAGAAGGACACCAGCAGGGCUCUAGUCGUUCUCCGAAGUGAGCUGACACCCGUUUCUCACGACAUAGCGAAACUGCAUUUCUUAUCAAGUCUCUUAAUGUGUCGUUCUGUUGACGACCUCAUGGCAAAGGCGGAUUGGGAUGGCGCAAACGGCCAGUCUCGAAAGCUGUUGCUCUCCGAGUUAUCGAAAUGCAUAUCGCCUUCGGUAAUGCUCCCCGAGAAUCGCCUUGCAGUUCUUCUUGAGCAAGUUAAGCAGAGUCAGAUAGACCAUUGUUUAUACCACACUCAAGCACUAUCGCCGUCGCUUUAUUCAGACCACUCUUGCGACAGGAGAUGGUUCCCAACGGAGGUGGCACUGGAGCUUCGCGACACGAUUGGCGAGAUUUGGCAGGUAAAGUUCUCCAAUGAUGGCUCGAAGCUAGCUGCUUGUGGCAGCGGUAGGCAAGUUGUGAUAUGGGAAACACGCACAUUCUCCGUGGCGGAGAUUCUUGAUGAUCACGAAGACGGCGUCGGUAACAUCUCGUUCAGCCCUGAUGAUUCCAUGAUCUUAUGCUGCGCCAGAGACGGUUAUGCAAGGCUAUGGUCCACCAAUGACGGGCAUUUGAUCAGACAGUUCAACAGGUUCACAGAGCCUGUCAGCGGUGCUGUCUGGGCUCACGAUAAUCGCUCAUUGAUUCUCGGUACAUUGGAUCCUACUUACAGCUUGCGCACCAUAAACCUACAUACUAAUGAGGAACACGACUGGGGCAAGAAGCACCGUGUUGAAGACCUGUGCGGGUCGCCUGAUGGCCGAUGGCUCGUGGCUCUUGACAACGAAAGAAAGAUUCAUGUUUACAACGCCGCUACACGGGAGUUGGAGUUUGAUAUGGAGCUGAAUGAGCGGCCAACGUCUGUCAGCAUCAGCCAAGACUCGCGACAUCUGCUCAUUAACAAAUCUGACGAUGAGGCUCAACUCAUCGAUCUAAUGACACGUAAUUCUGUGCAGAAAUUCUUUGGGCACACAGGUGGCGCUUACAUGAUACGAAGCUCCUUUGGCGGUGCUAACGAAAGUUUCGUUUUGAGUGGCAGCGAGGAUGGGAAUAUCUUGAUAUGGCACAAAAAUACUGGUGCAGCGGUAGAACGACUGCAUGGGCACCUUGAUCGUUGUAAUUCUGUUGCCUGGAAUCCUGUCGAUCCGUAUGUCAUAGCCUCUUGCGGAGACGACGGAUGGACCAACAAAACCCAUAGCGGCGAAAUCCGAACUCGACAUUUUCAAAGCCGUGCUAGCAAUACGCACACAUGGGACCGAGACGAGAGAUAG